AUGGCGUGCCUCGGGUGGACCGGCCUGGGACCUCAGGAAACCGCGCUGCGCCUCGUCUCCGAAGCGUACUGCCCGCCGCCGGACUCCCCCAUGAACGAGUUUUUGUGCUUGAGCCACGUGGCAGGCGAUCCGCUGGUGGGGCAGGCAGUGAGCGGCCCGCCGCCCAAGCUCACCGUGUUGCUGGUGGGGGACGACUCAACCGCCAGGCGCUCCUUUCUCGAAUGGUACACGGGAGAAAGCAUUCCUGCAGCAACGUCAACCAAGCUUGCCAGCACCAGCACCACCAACACCACCGCCAGCACCGGCACCAGCAGCACCAGCACGGGCACAGAGCCGGCCAUUCGCGUGGUGACAAGUGGCAGCUGGAAGGACACUCUCACGGGCGAAGGCGCUGCUUCCGCUGUGCCUGGUGUUGCUCGUGCUCUCGACCACGUGCCUGCUGCACGUGACCUCCUAUCUGUGCACGUGUGCAUCUCCAAGGACCGCUCCCUGCCCUGCAUUGACUUCGUUGACCUGCCUCUACCCCAAUCCGCUGCAUCGUCCAUUCCCCCACUCUCAUCCGCCUCCUCAUCCGCCCCUGCGUCUGCUGCUUCAGCCCCAUCAGCUGCUGCCACUGCUGCUGCUGUUUUAUCCUUAGCUACUGCUGCGUUGGGUGCUGCUGCUGAUGUGGUCGUAGUGUUCAUGAGUGUUGCGGCGGUGCGCGCUCCCUCCUCGCGCCUGGCCAACCAGCUCUCUUUGGUCCUCUCUCCAUCCAACACCCAGCACCAGCAACAGCAACUGACUGAGGGCAAUCCUCGUCUUGACCGAGUGCACUUCGUGGCUCUCCUGCCUCAGAGCAAGGCAAGCACAGCAGCAGCAGGCACAGCAGCAACGGUUGUGGAUUACCUUCGAUCCAAUGUCAAGGAGCUGCAUUCCCUAUCAGCUGAUCAAGUCACACUUCUCCGACCGCCAUCCUCCUCCUCCCCCGCUCUUGCUUCCACUGCUGCGGCUGCUCCUGGGGCUGAGGGCAAGGAGGCAGGCAAAGAGGCUGGGAAAGUGGAAGGGAAAGAGGCCGGUCCAGAAACGUUCUCGUUUGUUGAAGAAUUACUGGAUAAGGCAGUAAAAGCAGCGGUGGAGCAACGAGUGGAUCGGUUUGAGAGGGAUGUGCGGCGAGUGAAGGCUGUUAUCGACAGCAAGCUUCAGGAGUUUCAGCAGGAGCAGGGCGAGCAACGGCAGAGGUCAAAGCAAGCUCAACGUCUACAGGACACUGCAUCGUCGCUCCUGCUUCCUCUCCUCGCAUUCCUCAUCCCUCUUGCCCUCUCUCUCAUUAUCUCCCCUCCUCCUCUCCUUCGUCACUUGGCAAACAUUGACGCUGCCAAGGCGCCGCAUCCUUCCAGCUGGGAGUUCCCCCCCUACGUCCCACCACAAGUCGCCUCCACCAUCACCACCGCCGCCUCUCUCCUAAUCGCUGAGGCCCACCGAUUUGCAGAAACAGCAGCUGCAGUUGCUUCUUCUGUCACUCUCCCACCAUCCCUCGCUCCCGCUGCUGACAUGCGCAUUCAACUAGUAGUCAUAGCCCUGCUGGUUUUCGCCUACCUCGCCUUGCGCACCUUUGCUACUGUACUGGAUAGAGCGCCACCACCCGCUGCUGCAUCGGACAGGAGCAAGCUACGAGUAUUUCAGGCCUUCUGUGACAUGGCUCUCACUUUCUGUGGCGCCCGACGCCCUGUCAUGUAG